GAAAUUCUGUCAGUAAGAACAAUGGGCCUGCUUCUCUAUCUAUAGGCACAGAUCAGGAGAGAAAGAAGAAACGACGGAGCCGGAGAAAGCAAAAGCGAGACUUAUUAGAAUUGUAGGAAAAUGUGUUUAAAAUAAUAAGAAUUAAAAGGUAGUGAAAAAAAAAAAGAAAGAAAUGUUAGGAGAACCAGAAGAUUGACUUGGCCUGGAGAGAAUUACGGGAUCAAGCAACUGUGAGGCCGUCCCAAAAAUGGACUUAUCAACUUGAGAUAAGGACACAACUUUUCGAACAGAUUCGCUUGCUAUAGUAAACUUAUCAGGACAACAGAGCUGUUUAAGAAGAUUGAAUCCGAUUCUGAUCCAAAAGUGUCGCAGUGGGUGAGUCAGACUGAAAGCCGUCUGCUGAUGGAGGAGUCUGGAAGUCCUCGCUUUGGGAAGCUCCAUUUCCCCGUGGGGCUGUGGAUAAAUUCUCCAAGGAAACACUUUGCAAAACUGGGAGCACGAUGGCCAAGUGCAGUAUCAGUCAAAUCUACUACUAGCUCAGAUGCAGCCUCUGUGCCUGAUGCCCCGCCCCCAGCACCUUCUACUGCCCUCUCUUUCUCAAGCCCCUCUAUUUCUCCACCUUCCCCUUCACCUAACCGCGCUGUCCUUCGGCCUCGGCCCGCCAAUCAGCAAUCUCGUGCCAAGCGCCUGUCCCACCUCUUCUUAAAAGGGAGGUCUAACAGUGAUCGUGACCGUGCCAUUGGAGAGCGUGAGAGGGAAGUGUGGGCACAUUCAGCCACUCCAUCACUGCAUCACUACCUACCCCCUGCAUCAUCUUCUGCCCCAGGACUAGUGAAGAUCUAUGGGGAUGCUCUCUCAAGUGGAGCUAACUAUCGGAGCCUGCUGGCUAAUAUCCAUUCCACAGCUCGACAGCUCAUCCAGCAGGUCAUCAACAGAUACACUGAGAGGGAAAGGGAGAACGAGAGUGAUGACGUAGCUCUCCAGAAGCAUUCUCCAGAGGACUUCCUGUUGUGUGAUGUCAUCGGAAAGCCCAUUCAGCAUGCCAAUGGAGCUGUACAAUGGCAGACUGAAUGCCGGAGAGGAGUAGCACCCUGGGAAUGUCCCCUACUGCUAGUGGACAUGUGGAGGCCCAAAGAGGGCUUUGAGCGUCGAUUUGAGAUCCAGCGGCGCGACGAAUAUGAGAGGGAGGAAAAAGAAAAAGAGAAGGAGAGGGAGAGGGAUGGAGAGAACCCCAAGGCAGUGCGCUGGAGGCGGAGCCGCAUGUCCUCUGGGGGUGGUCUUGAUGAAGAGCGAGGCCACCGUGGGCGCAAUACUGAACUCAGAAGAAGCAUCAGUGACAUGAACCUGACUCUGAGACGUCGCCAGGGCAACCAGGCCAACAAUGACUCCAGACGUAGUGGCAACGCAACAAGCAGUGGUGAAGAACAGGACAGGAAGAACAUUGUGAGCAUGAUUGCAACAGAGCUGGGACAGGUCAGCGGAUCGCGGAUUGUCAGCGAGGCAGAGAGACGAGCAGCUGAAGACGAUAAAGAUUCCUGUGACCUGGAAGUGAUGUCCCAGAGUCUGAUCCUCCCACCCACGGACCGUCCUUACUUCCUGUUGCUACAGGGCUAUGACCAAAGCAAGGACUUUGUUCUGUACAUCAUGGCGGGCCACACGCACGUUUUCGGACGGAAGCCGACAUUCCGCGAGAGGGAGAAGGACAGAGAGCGGGAGCGAAAGGGGAAGAGGCCUCUUAGAGUGGACACUUUUCUCUCAGCUCCUGACCUGCUUGUCCGCCACCUGCUCAUCAGGAGGGACUCAGCUGUCCCUGAACAACAACGUGGUCAUGCUCUGCUGCGUCCAUUCCGAGGAGGAGCUGUCAGUCAUAACGGAGUUGUGUUGUACAGAGAGGCGGUCCUUAAGCCUGGAGAUCUCAUAGGACUGGGUAGCCACUUCGUCUUCCUCUACCGUGACCCGAGAGUGACCCCUGCCCCGCCCUUAGCACUGGCUCUACCACUGCAGACCGAUGGGAUGACUUCCUUUGGCCCAGGGAACAUGAUGGACAGACAGGAAGCUCUCAGGAAAUAUCUGGGAUCUAAUGAGGCAGUGCUGAAAUUUCAGGCAAAUCAUGCAGACAUCCUCUUGCAGGAAAUAAUCUCAAAGAAUUCAACUCCAGAUGCAGGUGGUGGACCCCUAGCACCAGCCUACUUGCUGUCACUCAUGAUUGACUAUGCCUCCAAACAUCUGGACCCUGCACUAACACCCCAACUGCUGUUAAAGGCAGCCAAUCAGAUAAAGGCGAUUGUGUGGGAGAACAUUAAAGAGUUUGGAGACAAACAUCCUACACAAACCUCUCCAGAGUCCGAGGUGGACCUUCCUCCACCUAGUGUACAGAAACUCUCCUCUGACCUCCGACCUCUCAUGUUCUGGAUGUCCAAUGCCACCGAGCUGCUCAACUUCUUCCAGGUCAAAGUAGAAACCAUGGAGAAGGAAUGGGAGUUUGAAGCUCCCGGUGACCCAGUUCUCUCAGCUGACAUGGACACUUGCUCGGAUGCACUGGCGCAGCUGGACGAUGUCAUCAUGCACACGUUCCAGCAGUGUGUGUAUCACCUGACAAAGACAUUAUACUCCCUCCUUCCCACUCUACUGGACACCAACCCUUUCUCGAACGAAGAGAAAGAGAAGGAAAAGGCCGGAGUGAGGGAUGGAAAGAGUCACACGGGUGAAGGAGACGGGGGCGAGGAAAGUGAUGUGUCUAAUUUACCUCCCACCGUGGCAGGGCUGGUGGAAGUUUAUCGAUGUUCCUUGCAGUUGACGCGUGAUGCCUGCCUCUCUCCACCUCUCACCUCUCAGACCUUCGGCUACCUGUUCUUCUUCACCAACACCUCGCUCCUUAACACUCUGCUUGAAAGAGAUAGUUUAUUUUCCUGGUCUCGUGCAGUGCAGAUUCGCACUAAUCUGGACCUGGUUCUAGACUGGCUGCAGGGGGCGGGACUAGGAGAUAUUGCCUCGGAAUUUCUCAAAAAGCUUUCAAACACUGUCAACUUCCUGUGCAUUCCCAAGACCCGCCUUAUCCAGUCAUCUUGGGCCAACCUACAGGAGGACCAUUCUUUGUUAAGCCCUGCGCAGCUUCACCACCUUCUCACUCAUUAUAAGCUUGGACCAGCCAGAGCGCCACCUACCUGUUGGACUCCACCCUCAGGCACUGACCUUGGAGGCGAUAUUUUUGAGAGCUUCCUAGACCAUCCACCUCUUAUCCUACCCAAUGAAACCCCGAGCCUAGACUUGACUCUACCAAUCCCAAACCCUGAGCUCCUAAAGGAAGUGACACGUCUGCGGACUUUCCUGUGGGGUCUGGAUCAGGAAGAACCUCCUGCCAAUCAGAGAACUAGGUUGUAGCAAGAGAACACAUAAUCUCUUGGGUUAAACAAUUAUACAAAAAAAACCCCAGAUGUGACCUUUAAAGCACACCUGUAAGAUUACAAUACAUAUCAUUUAGUCUCUAUGCGAAUACAAGUUGCUUUUGAGAGAUUUUUCAUAGAGUAUUAUAUAUUAUAUAUAACUGACAUAGGCCUUUAGAUCUGUUAAGCUGUGAAGACAUUUCGAAAUGCCUCCACGUUAUUGUUGAAAUUUUUUCUCAGUUAUGUUUCUUACCUUGUAUUACUUGUGCAUCAUUUUAGAUGAUUAUUCACCAUGUUACAUAUCAACAGUAAGUUGUUUAAUCACUGCCUGGUUGCAAUGGUUACUUGACUUUUAGGUUUCGAAAAAGUUUAGUAUGUAUUCACUUUUUUUUUACUUUUAAACAUGUAAAACUCUAUUACUGGCAACACCAAAUAAACCAAAUAUACACUAAUGCACUAAAACAUAACACUAAAGGGUUCUAAUAAUAAUAAUUAUGUAUAUGCCAUAUUUUUAAUCACACUUUGUGAUAUUUGUGUUUUUCCUCUAUACAGUAUAAACACAUUUUAGCUACUGUGGUUACACUGAGCAACACAUCUGGCAUUCUUUUGCCUUUAUUGUAAGAUUUUUCACCGUCUUUUACAGAAAAGUGUACCACAGUCUUCCUCUCCAGGUCCAUUCACGUCACUAUAAAAUCAGUGAUUCAGAGUUAUCCGUGAUCUCACUCACCCUAACAUGUUACAAUCCUGACCCAUUUCCAACAUCUGCUUCUCACAUUAACACUCUGACCUCGUAAUACACUCACCCAGAUGCAUUACAUAUUUUAUCCAUGUGUUAUAUGUUCACAUAUUGGCAAUAAAAAGAAAAUUGUCAUGGGA